ACACCCAUAUGUCAGUAUCAAACCGUAUUCUCCGAAGGUCGGUCGUGUGCGCAUCUUGUCUAUCUACGGUCGUUACUUCAACAGCAUCAUGAGUGAAGUAAACAAAGAUUUACUGAAAGAAAGGCUCCAAUGUACAUUUGAUAUAGAUGAAAUGACAACAUUUUUUUAUGGAGGACCGCAGAAAAACUUCAACCGGAAACAGAGAGAUACUGCAAUGUUGAGCGGUUCAGAAGAAUUCCGCAAUGAAGUGCCCGAAGAUUAUUUCAGUCACAAGGAACACUAUGAGGACGGAAUAAAAAAAUCAGUGGCCAUAUUUAGCUUAGUACGAAAAAUGCAGAGGGAAGGACUUACUAGUAUUACAGAUUACAGGGAUGCAUUAUCAGGUUUACUGGGCUCAGCAGUAGUUCGUGACGGGUCUGCAUUAGCUUUGCACUACAUUAUGUUCAUGCCCGCAAUACUGAACCAAGGCAACGAGGAACAGCAAGCGCAGUGGUUACCACGAGCUUGGGACUUCAACAUUCUUGGUAGUUAUGCGCAGACGGAGUUAGGGCAUGGCACAUUUAUUCGAGGCUUAGAAACGACAGCUACAUACGAUCCGGCAACUAAAGAGUUCGUUCUGAAUACUCCCACCCUUAGCUCUUACAAGUGGUGGGCUGGUGGAUUGGGGCAGACAGCGAAUUAUUGCAUUGUCAUAGCGCAAUUAUAUACGAAAGGUGAAUGCCAUGGUAUCCACUCGUUCAUAGUCCAGUUGAGGGACGAGGAAACUCAUGAGCCUUUACCUGGCAUCAAGGUCGGCGAGAUCGGGGCUAAACAGGGACUUAACGCUGUCAAUAAUGGAUUCUUGGGGUUGGAUAAUGUUAGGAUACCCAGGAACCAGAUGCUAAUGAAACACGCACAGGUCUUAGAGGAUGGUACAUAUGUGAAAUCGAAGAACAGCAAGUUAAAUUACGGGGCCAUGGUGUUUGUGAGGGUGGUGAUUGUUUUUGACAUGGUGAAUUAUUUGGCCAGAGCGAUCACUAUUGCCAUCCGUUAUUCUGCUGUCCGUAGACAGUCACAGUUAAAAGAGGGUGAACCCGAGGUACAAAUAUUGGACUAUAUAAUGCAGCGGCAUAAGUUAUUUAUUGGUAUAGCAGCAUGCCACGCUUACAGAAUAACUGGUAGCAAGCUGUGGGAUACAUUUCACGAUUUUCAAGAACAACUCCAAGGUGGUAACCUGGACAGGUUACCAGAGAUGCAUGCACUGGCGUGCUGCCUGAAAGCGAUGUGUACGUCUGACAUUACGGCACUGGUAGAGAACUGCCGUAGGGCUUGUGGUGGCCAUGGAUACAUGAGAUCUUCAAAUCUGCCCACCUUGUAUGGCAUGGUCACUGCCGGGUGUACUUAUGAGGGAGAAAAUACUGUAUUAUUAUUACAAACUGCUAGAUUUUUAGUCAAGACUUGGCAGCAAAUUGACACAAAGCCCUUAACUCCAACGGUGUCUUAUUUGAAAACUGCAGGAGCCUUUGCUGGCAAAUGGGAGAAUAGUGUUGAUGGAAUAAUUCGUGGACUACAAGUAGUGGCUGCCAGCAAAAUAAAAACAUGUGUUGAAAACAUGAAAAAGCGAGUAGUAUCCGGCAUGAGCUUUGAAGAUUCUUGGAACGUUUCUUCUGUGCAGUUGGUCGCCGCAGCUGAGGCACAUUGCCGAGUAAUCAUAAUUUCGACCUUCCACGAAGAGGUAUCAAAAAUGAUGCCAUCAGUAUCAGAGCGGCUGCGACCUGUUCUCCAGCAGUUGGUGGAAUUGUAUGCUGUUUAUUGGGCUUUGGAAAAAUUGAGUGAUUUAUUAUUGUAUACAUCAAUUGGUAAAGAAGACGUGGACAAACUCCAGUAUUGGUACGAAGAAUUGUUGAGGAAAAUUCGGCCGAAUGCAGUUGGUCUAGUGGAUGCUUUCGACAUACCUGACAACAUGUUGAAUUCAACGCUGGGCGCGUACGACGGCCGCGUGUACGAGCGCCUGAUGGAGGAAGCCCUGAAGAGUCCUUUGAACGCGGAGCCAGUCAACAGCUCCUUCCACAAAUACCUCAAGCCGUUCAUGCAGGGAAAACUAUGAUAUUGUAUUUGUUGAUUACGAUCUCAUUGUGCUAAUUUUAAAGUAAAACGAUUGAAAUGUGGGCAUGUUAAUUCUUCCGGUCACCAAGACGGCUUCAAAUGAUAAUUACCUGUCUAAUUGUAAGUCGAGUAAUGACUUUCACAUUUAGGAUAAUAGCAAUAAAAAUAUAU